ACCGUGUGCAGAGAUUUGACCAUCACUGUCCAUGGGUGGGCCAGUGUAUUGGACAACGCAACUAUGCAUCCUUCAUAGGUUUUAUAACAAUAUCAUCUUUGUUGUGCACAUAUGUCUUUGGGUGCUCUUGGUUAAACCUUCUUCGUCGACCAGGCAGUUUGUGGGGUGUUAUGCGACGCGAUAUACCAUCAGUUAUACUAGUAAUAUAUUGCUUCAUUGCCAUCUGCACCAGAACAACUUCUGUUCCACUGAACCUCCAUUCUUGUCUUUGUACUUUCAGACAACUUAUGAGAAUUUCAGAUACCGGUAUGAUAAGAUGGAAAAUCCCUUUAAUAAAGGCAUAUCAGGGAACUUCAGGGAGCUGUUCUUCUCCAAAUUGCCUCCAGCAAUGAUCAAAUUUCGAGCAUGGACUACAGAAUACGAUGAUCAGUCAGUAAUUUCCAGUUUUCGAGAUUAUGCUGGAGGUUUCAUUAGUUCCAAAGAGAAAUUUGACAUAGAAAUGGGUGGAAAGCAUGACAAGGAUGGCUUAGUCCCUGCACGUAUUUUACAGAUUAUGGAUAACUGUGAUGCUGAUGGUGGUCUGAAGAAGGGUGAUGGUUAUGAUCCAUUCUUCCAUGCUACUAAUCAGGAACCCCAAAAUUGACAAAGAUUCUCUACUACUGAAUGAUAGGUCCCAAAUGGACUACAUUGCUGAUCAAAAAUUAAGGUAAAGCCCCCACUUCCUUCGGUUUAUUAUCAUUAUGUAUAUAAGCAUGUAAUUGUUAGUAUUUUUAGACGUAAGCAUUUGUCAUCAAGGGGAAUGCUAAAGGCACUCUCUAUGACACUCUUUUUUGAAUACUUUUUAUGUGAUUGAAACACAUGUAAUCUAAAUUUAAUCUAAAUGGUUAUAAUUUUAAAUUUUAAAAAUAAUAAACUUUAAUUUUAAUA